ACUCACGUUCCCAUCAACCAGAUUCGCUCUUGAACAAGGCCUCCGCAAAAACUCUGCUGUCCGCUUGUGAAGGACGUUUGGUGACUCUUUUCAACGUUUCUUCACCUCUCAGAGGCCGCCUAGAAAGAUCACGCUCCCAGCACCGCCGCCCAUCAUGAGCGCAACACGGACAGAGCCGCCGUCGGCGCAUACCAUCCGCACUGGCCUGUCGGACUCUACACACAGUUCGACAAGUAGUGCCAGUGCGGAGCGAUAUCAACUCGACCAGGAAGACACCAAUCCUAUUUUGCUGUAUACGUACAGAGGCAAGCUGGAAACUUCUUCUCAGAAAGAUCUCUGCGCUCGUCUCGAUAAAGACGAAAAACUCCGCGCAACCCGCAAACAAAUCCCCCGCGCCACCUCUUACCUCGACGUCCGCCGCCACGACCUCUACCUCCCCGACGAAAAGCAACAAUACGCCGACCUCCCCAACUACGACUCCUCCCUCGCGUCCGUCAAAAUCCCUUCUCUCGCCUACUGGAGUCGCAUGAUCCUAGGCAAUUAUCAGGAUCUGUUCAUCGUCUCGCCGGAGACGACGCCGACUUCCAGUGUGGCGGAUGAUGGCAGUCGGCGCACGAGUCCGACGAGUACGUGGGGUCAGGAUAGUGAGGCUUCGAUGAGGCAAGUCGCUGCGUAGCGGUGAUGGGAGUGAAGUGAAGGGUUUUAGCAUUGG